UCAUAAUUAGCGUAAGCGACAAUCAAUCGAACUUCGAGGCUCUUUUUAAUGGGUAAAAACAUCGAAGUCGAUCUGUAAUUGCUUAUGGUUAUUUAAGUAUUGCUUUAGAUCACUAGCGGUAUUGCAGCGAUAAGAAGUACUGACUACACCGAAAGAGUUUUGAAUGAACUCCGAAAGGAAACGUAAAAUGUGAGCGUGGCCCAUCACAUAACAAAAUCGACAUCCGAUUGAACAUCUUUAUGUGUAGAUGACGCUUGGCGGAAAAGAAUACCUAAAAUUACGUGGGUGUACAUUUCGCGUUUUUGGUUACAUGACAGAGCCCUCCGAUGGUUGACGCGUUUAUCCUAUUUUUCGAUCUCAUCAAUAGCUCACCGAAGCUAGGGUGAUUGAUAAGAGAUUGACUGGUAGUAGUCUAUCAAAAGCUAAUAGUGGAAGCGAUGCUGAAAUGGUUACGGGCUUUCUUAACAAGGUUUCGACCUCAUCUAGGAUGGAGACAAUCUCCAGCAAUGUCAACGGGUGGUGAGACGACAGAAUCGGUAAAAUUGGAGAGUUGUGAUGAAUUCGAUAGUUAUUCCGGUACUCCGUGGGCGGGUCCUUCGGCGAUGCCUGCCAACUCAAAUGUAAAGCCCCUGGACAAUGCAGAAAAAGGAACGAAGUGGGGGCGCGAUCGCUUGCCUCAUCCCCAGAUAGAAUAUCGACUUUCGUUAUGGUCGAUACUCAAAAAGUGUUGCGGAAAGGAGUUAUAUCGACUGGCUAUGCCUGUGGAAAUUAAUGAGCCAUUAAGUUUCCUUCAACGAUUAGCCGAGAUAAUGGAGUACUCGGAUUUGCUGGAACAAGCAGCAGCGGAGAACGAUCCCGUACGUCGUAUGCAGUUUGUUACAGCGUUUGCAGUGGCUAGUCUGAGCUCAAACCUCGAAAGGCUUCGGAAACCCUUUAAUCCAAUUCUCGGUGAAACCUAUGAGCUCAACAGAAGCAACGAGGCGAGCGGCUGUUUUCGUCUGGUAUGCGAACAGGUAUCGCAUCACCCGCCUAUUUCAGCUUUAUAUGCUGAAAGCUGCCGAGGGACGUACGAAAUCGACUGCAAUAUCAAUCCUCGCCUCACUUUCUGGGGAAAAAGUGUUGAGAUAAAGCCUCAUGGCUCGAUUUCCGUGCGCUUUUUAAAGAGAGCCAAUGAAAUAUAUAAGUGGAAUAAUGUGGACUGCCGUAUACACAACAUCCUGAUAGGAAAACUAUAUUUAGAACAAUGUGGAGAACAGGUGGUCGAUUGCAAGCGUACCGGACUCCGAUGUCAGAUACGCUACCUUUCAUCUAAAACGACCGAAGACAUGCACAAAAUAGAAGGAGAGAUGUUGGAUGCAGGAGGCAAGGAACUGUUAAAACUUUCUGGAUAUUGGGCGAAGGAGCUUUUUUUUUCGGAUAAUUGCCGCGUUCCCAUUUGGCGCGCGGAACCGCGCCCUGCCAACUCUGGGGAGUAUUACAAUUUUACGUCAAUGGCAAUGGCUCUAAAUGAAAUGCCAGCAAAAACGGCCCAAAAGACUACCGUCACUAAACAUGAAGGAGCACCUUUGAAGCCAUCUUCCGUCUUAGCCUGCAAAAUGGCAGAUUUAACAGCGCCUGCACGGACUGAUAGCCGCUUCAGGUUGGACAUACGCAAACUUGAGAAGGGGGACGUUGAAGGGGCGGCGGAAGAAAAAUAUCGUUUGGAAGAGAAACAGCGGGCAGCGCGUAAGGCCCGAACGGAUGCAGGAAUUGAGUGGAAGCCUCUCUGGUUCGAAAAAAUCGGUGAAGAACGUUGGACGUACCGUGGAGAAUUUUGGAGUAGAAAAACCGAUUCGCAGCUACCUGAUCUAUUUUAAAGGAACCUGUUGCCACUUAGCGUAAAUGACCCAACUUCGGCCGACUUCUUCUAUGGAGAACGUAUUUUCAAUCGCAGUCGAUGCAUCGAAUGCUACGAUAGAAAUACUGGGAAAGACAGGACACUUUUCGUGCGUCAAGUUGCUUGAGGACAAGAGGACUAAUCGUUUAGAUUCUAUCGUUAAAAAUACAAAUGUUGGUCGCCUUCUGCGAUAAUAACUAUUGCGCAACUACCGCUUUAGCGGCCAACGUACAACAUAAUAGUCAACGGCGAUUCGAACACAAUAUUGUAUUCUAUAGAGUUAGUGUCUUUAAGGCAUGAUUUCAUAAGACGUGAUAGUUGGUUAAUUAACUUACGUUAUGAAAGAUGACGACAACUGCUGAGAUUUGGUAUAUGAUUAUAUGAGUUACAUAUUAACAAUGGAAAUAAAAAAAUCGUGACCA